AUGGCAGCCCCCGAGGAGCCCAGGGAGGUGAAGCUGUACGGCGCGUGGGGGAGCGCCCACGCCACCAUGGCCCGGAACGCGCUGGAGCUCAAGGGCGUGCGCUACGAGUACGCGGAGGAGGACCUGGAGCGCAAGAGCGAGGCGCUGCUGCGCCUGAACCCCGUCCACGGCGGCAAGGUCCCCGUGCUCGUCGUCGACGGCCGCGCCCUCUCCGAGUCGCUCGUCAUCCUCGAGUACGUCGACGAGGCGUGGGCCGGUCGUGCGGGGCGGCUUCUCCCGCCGCGGGACCGGCCCCGCGAGCGUGCCGCGGCCAGGUUCUGGGCGAGGUUCUUCCACGACGAGGUGUCGCCGCUCUCGCACCUCGUCUUGUUCGCGGCGGGCGGGGAGGAGCGGGCGGGGCUGGUGAGGGAGAUGAAAGACCGGAUGGCGGUGAUGGAGGCGGGAAUCCAGAGGGACUUCCCGCUCGGCGGCGGCGGCGGGGGCGAGGGGCCGUUCUUGCACGGGCGGGAGCCCGGGCUGCUGGACGUCGUUCUGGGCUCGUGUGCCGCCGGGACCAGGGUGCUCUCCUCCGUGGCCGGGGAAGAGAUCGUCGAGGCAGGCGCGCUUCCGCGAGUGCACGCCAGCCUGGUCGCCUUCGACGAGCUCGCCGCCGCGUUCGGGACGAGCGUGCCGCACGAGAGCCUACUCGCGCGUCUUCUCGAGAGGAAGGAGAGAACGCGCGGCGCGCCCGCGUGA